AUGGAGGGCUUUAUCCGCUUCCUUCAAGCUAGAUCUGAACAGUUUGCUGUUCUCAGUCAAUUCUAUGGACAUACCAUCACAAAUCAUGAUAAUGGAUACCCCCUCUUUCGCAAGAUCCGUCUUUCAGCGUACUUCAACAAACAACGUGCCGAUCAAAGGCUUAUUCAAGACUUACACGCCAAGUUUGGAGAAGAUGCUGUGUUUGUGAUGGGAAACUGGUCCGCUCCCCAUGCUAGGUAUCAUGAGCCCAUCCGUGGCCUUGGCUUCCGAAGACUCCUCAAGAAGCAUGGGUUCCAAGUCUUUCUUAUAGGCGAGUACAAAGCCAGUAGGCGCUGUCCAACAUGCCACAACGAAAGCCUCCGCACGUUCCGUCGUGUUCCAAAUCCACGACCGUAUCAACGUGAGCGAUAUCCUACUGCUAUCUGCCAUGAUGCACCAUACUGUAGACCCGCCAUGGCAGCACCAGAUAGAUAUCGCUUAUGGAACAGGGAUGUUGCUGCUUGUCUCAACUACAUGCACAUCCUUCGUGAGCUUCGACGUAAUGACAUCGUUCCUCAUAGGUUUCACCGGGUUGCUGUUGCUCCUACAAGACGUCGAAGAAGAGUGGACGAUCAGGAGCAACCUAGAACUAGAAUACGCUUAGACGAUGAUUCUCCGUCCUAG